GAAGAGGCUCUGGGUUACGUGGGUGCUUUGCAGCGAGGUCGGAGCCAUCCCUCUUUAUUUUUUUAUGGCAAAAGCAGGCAGCAGUGGGCAAAACUCCCCAACGAAUGUAGAAAUUGGGGUGAAAAGGGUCUGAGCAUCAGGGCAGGGGUGGCGAGCGAGCGAGCGACCACGUGUGUGCGUGUCAGGGCUAGAAAUCGCUGCUCCGCCGGGCACGCUGGAGGAGAGGGGGGAAAGGGAGAGAGAAAAUCAGCCGCAGCCGCGUUUUCCAAAAAGCCGGAGCGAGCGCUCCUGCUCGCCGUCGCUUCCAAGAAACGGAGAGAACCGGGGAGGAAAAUUGCGGUGAUUCAUCGCGGGCAGAUCGGAGGCAGGAAAUGGGAGUUCGCUGCCUGCCCCGUGCCCGGCGUGGGCUCCGUGGGCUCGGGCUCGCCGGGGCCUGGCUGGCGGCGAGGGCCUGACGCCAACGGGUCGAGCAUCCCUGCGCCACGGCGGGAGCUGCCGGAGGAGCCACCGGCAAAGGGAAAACAACCAGCGGAGGCCAGGACCCGCAGCACCGGGAAUUUUUCACCUGCGUUUCUCCGGAGCCAUCCAAGCGAGAGCUGCCCGUGAGCCGGGAGGGGGCCCGGCGGGAUGGGGGUCCCGGGGGAUGCUCGGUGUCCGCUGGCACGCACACGCUCACGCGCACCCCAAAUUUUGGGGUCAGCAUCCCUCCCUUGGGGCCCCCCAGGGUGGCCGGUGGGCCGGGGGCUCCAUUGAGGAAUGAAGCGUGGGAAAAGCGGGGCGGGGCUUGGGGGCUGCCUGUCCGCGGAUUGGCUGGGGGAGGGGGGAGACCCCCCAAAUUGCGCUGGAAUGAGAGGGGCAAACCUGAGCUUGUAACGCGGGUGGCGGCACCGGAGGGACCCCCCCACACCUCACUAGGUGCUCCUGGUGCAGCCGGACUCCCCUUGUGUGUUUGCACCCAGGCGGCCGCGUCUCCGUGACACGAGUUGCGCCGGUCUCAGCCCGGCCGAGGGCUGCGAAGCACAAACCCCCUUGGGGUGUCUGGAGAGGGGCCGGGCGCAUCCCUUGGUGGGUGCUCUGGCCGAAAAAGCACCCCCAAACCUGCUGCCCCCAUCGCUGAUGUUUUGGGGAUCACCCCUGAAGGACAGCCACGGGGUCUCGGAAUGCAGGGACAGCGGGGACAGGGGAUGGAGCGCUGGGAGAGGGGCAGGAUGGGGUGGGAACCUUAAAAAAAUCUUGCUGCAUUUUGGGAUGUGAGGCUGCACGUGCAACUCCCUUGGUCCGGACUGUGUACUCGGGAUGCAGGGAUCUCUUGGGGUUCUUUUGGGGGAGGAAUGUGGGGACUGCAUCCAUCACAUUUGGGGUUGGGAUCUGGGGCUCCUCACAUUGCCCUCGGGGUCAGGACGCAGGGACUGCCUGCAUCCUGCUAUGGGACCCUCGCGUGGAACUCAGGGGCAGGACAGGGGGACAUUGACAUUGCACUUGGGAUCAGGACACUGGGACUGUGGUGUCAGGGUUGGAACACGGGGACCUUUGUCUUGGGGUCGGGGUCAGGCUGUGGGGAGCCCUGCAUGGCACCUGGGGUCACAGAGGGACAGGCCACAGGGGGCUGGGACACGGGGACCCUUGUGUUGGGUCUGGGAUGCAGGAUCCUCACGUUGGGAUUGUGGUCAGGACUUCGGGACCCUUUUGUUUGGGCCAGUAUGGAAGAACCCUUGUGAUGGGGACAGGACCUGGGGACAUCUGCAUUGGCGUCAGGACUUGGGGAACUCCGUGCAGGGACUGGAAACAGGGGACAGUGGGGGCAGGUUGUGUCUGUCCCCUCCCUCCUCGCAGGGACGGUGACCAGGGACCACAUCCAGGCUCCCACCGAGUGCUCCAGCACCACCGCCCCGGGGGGCUCCGGAUAAUUCACAUGUGGCACCAGAGCUGCUUAACCCCAUCCUGAUCCAGCCUUCACCCCCAAAACCCCACUGCCAUGAAGAAGAAGCCGUCCAAUGGGCGGGGGCCGGACCCUGCGGCCCCCCAGCAGCGAGCCCGGGGUGUCACCAAGCCGGCAGAGUACGUGGGUUCCUUCGUGGUGGAGGAGCUGGACCUGCAGCAGCAGGGGGGGCGGCUGGAGGAGCAGCUGCGGGCACUGAAGGACUGUCCCAGGAGGAGGUUGGUGGUGCUGAGGUUCAGUUUGCAGGGUUUGAAGGUCUACGGCGCUGACGGGGAGACCCUGCUGAUGGCCCACGCUCUCCGCCGGAUCCUGUACAGCACGUGCUGCCUCGCCGACCGCCAGUUCGCCUUCGUGGCCCGCAACCCCCACAGCCCCCCCAGCACCCUCUUCUGCCACCUCUUCGUGGGGCUCCCGGGAGAGUGUCUUUCGCCUCCCCCAGGUCCAGACCCUGCACCUCCUGCUCUGCCGCUGCUUCCAGCUCUGCCACCUCCUGGCGCACCCCGAGGAGCAGGCGGGCGAGGGGGAGCCCCCGGGGCCGGGGGUGCUGCGGGAGCCCCUCAACCCCGACGAGGUGACUCGCAACGUCAACGCCCUGGUGUCGUUCCGGCGCCUGCCCGCGCCCGCCGGCCUCGGCUCGCUGGGCACAGGGGACCGGCGGCCGGAGGCAGAGGGCAGAGCCGGCUCCUGGCGCCCGGGGAACCCCUACUGCUCCCCGGUGCUGGUGCGCAAGAAAGCCAUCCGCAGCAAAGUGCUGCGCUCGGGGGCCUACCGGGACUGCGGGGCCGAGGGGCAGCUCCACCAGCCGCCCCGCGACGCCGCGGCGGCGGGAUGGGAGAGCAAAGGCGCGCGGAGCUUGGCCCUCCUGCCCGAGAACGAGAGCGUCCUGGCCGAGAGCGUGUGGGCCUUCGCCGGCAUCGCCAGGGACGCGGGGGUCGCGCUGCUCCGGCGGGACGUGCCCGGAGCCUUCCUGCUGCGCCCCGAGCCCGGGCUGCCCAAGCGCUGGUGCCUGUGGGUGCGGGCGCCCUGCGGCGUCGUGUCCUACGGCCUCCUCAGGACACACCAGGGCAGGUUCUGCGUGGAGCACUCCAACGCCGAGUUCGCCAGCGUGGCCGCCCUCUUGGCUCACUACUCGGGGGCGCCGGGGGGCUGCUUCUGCCGCCUGGCCCCCGGCCACCGCAACCCCGGCUACGAGGAGCGGGACCCCGGCGGCGGGGCCGGCGCCUGCGGGGGGGAGUCCGCCUGGGCCCCCUCUGCCCCCAUCGGGGUGCAGCAUGAGCGAGGGUAGGCCCGGCCCCCUCUCCCCGUGCACGGCUGCCCCCCGGCCCCCCGAGCUUUAACUCGCUGCCAUCUGCCUUAUCCAUCCCUGCCUCCCGCGGGCUGCGCGCUGUCCGGCAAUAAACGGCUCUUGUGCAUCCGGA